AUGGACCUAUUUAAAAGAGAAAGCGUAAACUUGAAUUUAAAUUAUGAGAUAACAUUUUCGUGUUGUAUAAAAGAUAUUUUAUAUGUUGGAAGUAAAGAUGGGAUAAUAUAUGAAUACGAACUAAUAAAAGAAGACCCAAGAUGUGAUGAUAUUAAGAAGGAAUAUAUGAAAAAUGAAAGGUCACCUAAUUAUAACAACUUGACGGAUUUAAAUAGCUUGAAGGGUUCGCUAAAAGUAAAACCUGUCGGAAGUCAUUUAAUAAAAAAGAACAAGAUAAUUAAUAAUAUAAUAAUAGUAGAAGAGAAAGAGAAUAUAUUUAUAAUGUUAAUUUUAGUUGAUGAUAUAUUAUAUUAUGGGAAGAAUAAUAACUUGGAGGUAUUAAAUAUAAUAUAUAAAAAUGUAUUAUUAUAUACAAUAAAUGAAAAUAACAUUAAUGAAUUGUUAAUAUAUACAAAAAAGAAGAAGUUAUAUAUAUAUAAAUAUGAAAAUGGGUUAUAUAAAUAUUUCAAAGAAAUAACUAAUCCUUUAAAUGAUUUGAUUUCUUGUUUAGUGUGGAUUAAUGAUUCCUUAUUUUUGACAAUAAAUAAAGAAUAUUAUUUUUUAAAUAUUAAAAAUAAUCAAAAAAUAUUAUUAUAUAGUCAUGAAUAUGAACAAACAUAUAAAAAAAUUACUUUAAUUAAUAUGAAUGAAAUAUUUAUUGUUUGUGAUUUGAACAUUGGUGUUUUUUAUGAUGUAGAUACUUCGAUGCCUUCUAGAAAAAAUACGAUAAUAUUAAGUCCGAAUAUAAAACAAAUAAUAUCGUUUCGUUUUUUUUUAUUUUGUCUUAAUUUUAAGGGUAUUAUAAAUAUAUAUAAUAUAAAAAACCAACAACAUAUACAAGAAAUCACGUUAAAUUAUAUACCCGAUAUUGUUAUUAAUUAUACAAAUAUAACAAAAUACUCUACUUUUUUAUGCUUAUUUAAUGAUGAUGAUCAAGAUAAUGGCGAAAAAAUAUUAUCUACUCAAAAAAAUAAAAAUAAAUGGACAUCUUCUGAUAUAGGUAUCAAAUUUUAUGAAGAAAAAAUAAAAAAAAAUAGGAAUUUAUUAAAAAUGGAAGAUGAAGGAAUUUUAUCUAAAUCGACUAUGGAAAAUGACUUUUUCUCUGGUUUUUCACCGAAGGGUAUAUAUGAUGAUGAUGAUGAUAAUAAUAAUAAUAAUAAUAAUAAUAGUAAUAUAUUAUUUAAUAAAUAUUUAUAUGAGAAUAAUGAAAUGUUAACCAAAAAAAAUAGAAACCUAUAUAAUUCAUUAUAUAAUAAUUUAUAUUUUAUUAAUAAAGAUUGUUUACAAAUUCUUACUUGUUUAGAAAUAUACCAAUAUUUGCCACAAUGUAUAGAACAAGGAAAUACAAAAAAAGGUUUUGUAUUAAUAGAUAAUUUUGUAUGUGAAAGUAAAAAAGAAAAAUAUGAUAUUUUUUGUGAAUAUAAUAAAGCAUGUGCAUAUUAUUUUUUUAAAAAUUUAAAUUUCUCCAUUUCUUUUAUAUUUUUUCAAAAAGUAAAUAUUAAUAUAUUCUUUCUUUUAUUUUUUUGGAUUGAUUACUUACCCUCAUCUCAUAAAAACAUUUUACAAAACAUGAUAGAGAAUAAACGUAUUGAAGAAAAUAUUAAUAAACAAUUUAAAUGUUUUGUUCCUUUCCCAUGUAGUAUUAAAGAAUUAAUAGAUAGGAAUUAUGAAAACUAUAUAAAAGAUAAGCCAGAUUAUUAUAUAUCUAACAACAUGUUCGAUGAUUUUUAUAAUGAAGAUGAUGAUAAUGAUAAAAACUCUCUUAUCUAUUCAUCUCUACAAAGAGAUAUCGAAAUAAAGAAACACCUUUUACACACAGCCAACAAAUGUCUAGUAAAAUUUCUAUUAAUCAAAAGAGAUCAUUUUUUACAAAAUAAAGACAUGUAUAAAUUAUCCUAUAAAAAGGAGAAUGAUGAUUCUAUCCAUGUUAAUAAUAAUAUACAUAUAAUAGAUGAAUUAAUAGAUACUUUAUUAAUUAAAUUAUUAACCAUAAAUAAUUAUAAUAAACAAUUUUUUCAUUUUAUUAUGCAAACAAGCAAAUUACAUGUUGAUUUAGAAGAAUGUGUACAAUUCUUAAAAAAAGAGGGAAAAUUUGUGGAAAUUAUUUUUUUAUAUAUAAGACUUGGAUACUUUGAAGAGGCAAUUGAAAUAUGUUCUUAUUUUUUUCAUUAUUAUAAUGAAAAGUAUAAUGUUAUUCAAUCAACAGCCGAUAUUGGUGUAUAUAAAUAUGAAAUAGGGCAAGAAGGAAAUAAUGAAAAAAAAACAAAAAAUGACGAUAAAAAAAAAAAAAAAAGUGACGAUGAAAAAAAAAAAAAAAGUGACGAUGAAAAAAAAAAAAAAAGUGACGAUGAAAAAAAAAAAAAAAGUGACGAUGAAAAAAAAAAAAAAAGUGACGAUAAAAAAAAUGACGAUGAUAAUAAUAAUAAUAGUGAUAACAAUUUUUGCAAUAACAAUAUUUACAAUAACAAUAUUUACAAUGAUGUACGUAAAAAGGUCGAAGAAAAUAAUCAAUACAGCUUUUUUAAUAUAAAAGAACUUAAUAAAGAAAAAUAUUUAACCUGGAUUAAAAUAUUUGAGAAAGAAAAUGCACAUAAAAAUAAUGUGUUAGAUAAAAAAAAUAAUAAUUUUCAAUAUUCAUUAGAAAAAAUAUAUAAUAUUCUUAUUAUAUUAAAUGAUCAUAUACAUUUAUUAAAUGUUCAUCAAGAAAAAAUAAAGAAAUUAUUUGAAUAUGCAUUUCCAUUUUUAAUAAAAUAUAAUGAACAUUUCUUUUUCCAUUUUUUAAAAAAAAAAAAUAUUUUAAUUUCUCCAGAAGAAAUUAUAACCAUUUUUAAAAAAAUGAUACAAAUAGAUAAGAAAAAUGAUAAAAUAAAAUAUUAUUUACAAAAAUAUAUAAUACAUUAUUUAAAACACGAUAAAUAUAAUAAAAAUAUAAAUACAACAUUAAUAGAGUUAUAUAUUAACAAUGUACAAACCAAAAAUAAUAAAACACAUUUUCAAAAAAAAUUAAUAACAUUUAUGUUAUAUGAAUAUCCUAUACAUAUCAAUUAUCUUACCGGAAUUAUAAAAAAUACAUCUUUUUAUUUGUUCAAGGUCCUCUUAUAUGCAAAACUACACCGUCACUACGAAAGCCUUCAAAUCCUUGCUGACCAAAACUUGAGGGUGUGCGAAAAAUACUGCCUUUACCACAACUUCAUAUUAAAAAAAGAAGUGUCCAAAAUUAAAGAAGAGAAGUACCAAGAGUUAUACAACGGGAUUUAUAAUAAUGAUAAAAAUAUAUAUUAUAAUAUAUUCCAAAAGUUUAUAGACCGUCAAAUCAAUUCCGCAGAAAAAAAAAAUUGGAACAAGACAGUGAAUAAUAAAACCAAAAACACAGGAUUUAUUAAAUAUAUAUUGAAUGAAUAUCACAAAUAUAUAUAUUUUAGUAUGAAUAAAAAUAUACCCUCAAAAUUUUUAUUCCAUAAAAAAAAUGAAACAUUGAACAAGGCGUAUGUACAAGAAAUGGACCAAAGAAAUAUAAUAAAAAAAAACAAAAAAAUUGCUCAAGAAAAUAAAAACAUACUAGUACAAAAUGAAUAUGAUUAUAUGUUACAUUUGAUUAAAGAUCACCAAGAAGACGAAGAAGUGGAUAAUGAAAAUGAUCAACUUGAUGAUGAUAUUUUAAAUUAUUAUGAAACGUGUUCAGAUGAAUCAGGUGAAUGUUAUACGAGUGAUAUUAUAUGUGAUGCAACAAUUUCAAGCGAUGAUCAUAAAAAUUAUGAUAACAAAAGUGACAUGAUUACAAGUGAUAAUAGUACAAGUAGUAAUAAUAAAACAAAAAAGAUUAUAAAAACAAGCGCACAAGAUAAAUUAUUAAAAGGGAAACAUCGAAAUAAAGACCCAGAUCCAUUAGCUCAUUUUCAUGUGUAUAAUAAUUGUAAAAAAAAUACAGGAGGACUAUUUUUUUUACUUAUUAAAGUAUAUCUAGAUAAAUAUUAUAAUGAAGAAAUGAAUUUAAUGAAAAAAAAACAAUAUAAAAAUAAUAUUCUUUAUAUAUUAAAUAAAUAUGCAAAUCAUAACGAUUUAGAUAAUAUAUACAUUUUUAAUAUAAUACCAAAAUAUUGGAAUAUAUCAGAAAUAUCACAAUUUAUUAAUUUUAAUUUAAAAAAAAAAAGAAAUACACACAUGAACCUACAAAUAUAUCAUAAUUUAAUUAAGAGUAAUUAUCUGAAUGUCUCCUACGAAAAAAUUAAAAAAAAAGAGCAAAAAAUAAUCAUAAAGGAUAAAAUAUUUUGUAAGGUGUGUAACAAUCCCAUUUUAGAAAAAAGUUUUGCUUUUUUCUCAGAGAAUAUAACGGUUCAUAUACAUUGCAUUGAGAAAUACGAUGAGUAG